AUGUAUGGGCACUAUCCACCACCUCAGCACCAGCAGCCAAACCAUGGCGGCUACUAUCCCCCACCAGACCCAUUCCGCGCCUGGUACGCGGAUCGACUUUCGGAACUCACGUUCAACUCUCGGCCGAUUAUCCAGAACCUCUCCAUAGAGGCCAUGAAGCAGCGCGACCAGAACAAUUGGCAAGCGAUGCAGGCUAUUGUUGAGGAGAUUGAGGGUGCAGUUCUUCGGGCUCCGCCGCAAGGCAAGCUACCCCUGCUGUAUCUAAUCGAUUCAAUCUCGAAGAAUGUCGGCGCCCCGUAUACCGACAAGUUGUUGCCGCCAAUCAUGCCCCGCCUUUAUCUUCGAGCAUACCGGGAGGUAGACGGCGUGACCAAGUCCAAGAUGGAGGAAAUGCUCAAGCUAUGGCGCACCGGCGGACCGUACGGUGCCGAACUGUAUCCUGCUGGAGUUCGUGAGGAGGUUGAGCGAGGAAUAUUCGGAUCAGCACUCCCUGCUGUGGGACCUCCCGUUCCGCCUGCCGUCUCGACACCGCCUCAGCAGCUCACACAGCAGUCGGUGCAGGCCACUUUGCGUGCCUUUUUGCGCGAGAAAGAGGAGGAGAUGGCUCAGGAGUUUUCAAUGGCCAAAGCGAAGCGGGUCGACGUCCUGGUCAAGAUCGACCAGCUCCUCUCCUCUACGCAAGUGUCUCAGAACGAGCUCGUGGACAUAAUGGAGAAGAUUCGCGCCAUGCAGGCUGGCAAGGAGACAGGUGCUGCACCCGUCAGCCGUCCGCCUCCUGCUCAGCCCAACUUCCAGCCUCGCGCACCUUACCCGCCAAGUCAAGCAGGUGGAUUCCCUCAGCCGACCCCGACGUAUCCUCCAUUCCCUACGCAGCCCCCUGCCUCUUACCGCUCUCCUCUCGGUGCUGGAGCGGUGCCGACACCGCCGCCCGCCGCCACUCCUCUUGCAGUGCCGGGCAACUUGAACGUGGCCGAUAUUCUGAAGAACCUCUCGGGCGUCCUCAGCCAAACACAUACGCCCGAGCCCGCUCCCACUGCGACUCCAAAGGACAGUUUGCAGUCGUAUGAGGACAUGAUUCUUGCGCUGGACAUGAAGGUGGACGUUUUCGACCUGUCCAAGCUCUCCCUUCCUGUCUCUCAUCUCCCUGUGCGAUGCAAGCAGUGUGGCAUGCGAUUCCAGGAGGGCGAAAACAACCUGCAGGCACAUAUGGAUUGGCACUUCCGUCGCAAUCGCAAGGAGCGCGAGACGGAGGGACGCGGAGCGCACCGCCGCUGGCUCCCCCGCGCCGGCGAAUGGAUCAACGAGAGCAACGAGGCUGGCCCCUCGUCGCCCGUUAAGCAGGAGGCCACGCUCGCCAGCGCCAACAAGCUCUCAGCUGAGCGCAUCGCCGCGCUCCGACGAAAGUGGGUACGCGCUCCGAGCGACCCUAACAACGCUCCACCAUGCCCGAUUUGCAAGGACCAGUUCAAGCCUGAAUUCUCCGAGGACGAGGAGGAGUGGGUGUUCAUGAACGCCGUCGAUGUCCAUGGCACGAUCUAUCACGCGACCUGCCGUGCCGAGAAAAUGUCGACUGUGGCCGCCAAGCGCCUGCUCGCAAACGAGCCCCGUGGCGGGUCAGCGUCACCUGGCCCUGCCGGCGAGGAUAUUCCCAGCCCCGGUACGAAACGCAAGGCUGAGGAGGAGUCGGACGCCGCGAGUGAAGGCAAGCGCGCCAAGGUUGAGGACGUCAAGCCUGACGUAUCCGGGGACGCGGCCGCCGAGCCUGCGGUACAAACGCCGCCCGAAGGUGGAGCGGUCAAGACGGAGCCUGAAACAGAAGCAAACGGAGAAGCUUAG